UUCGAAUGACCGUCGUGUGUGAAGAUCCAGAUUGUUGGAUUAGUCGCCUCCCUCUGACCUCCGACGCCUCUGCAGCAAACUGCUCUAUCUACAGCCAAGGCGAGGACUUGUUCUGUAAGGUGAUGAAAGAGCUUACGGCCGGUGAAAGGCUCGUGGCGUUCGUGUCUCCUGUUCCUCUGGGCUCCUCCUCUCCGGUGGCCCAAGGCUCUCCUCCACUGAGCCUUGUCGCCCACAAACAACCUGUGGUGAAGGAGGAGCCGUCGUACCCGGCGGCGCUGCACUCAGAGAUCCAGCUACUCCCGCAGCAAGCUGGCAUGGCAGCAAUCUUGGCUACUGCUGUUGUCAAUAAGGACAUUUUCCCAUGUAAGGACUGUGGGAUCUGGUACCGUAGUGAGAGGAACCUGCAGGCCCAUCUUAUGUACUAUUGUGCCAGCCGUCAGAAGCAGCCAGCUGCAGCUUCCUCCCCUCCACAAGACAAACCCAAGGAGUCCUACCCCAAUGAACGCAUCUGCCCCUUCCCACAGUGCAACAAGAGCUGCCCCAGUGCCAGCUCACUCGAGAUUCACAUGCGCACACACAGUGGCGAGCGUCCAUUUGUCUGUCUCAUCUGUCUGUCAGCAUUCACCACUAAAGCGAACUGUGAGCGGCACCUUAAGGUCCAUACGGACACCCUGAACGGGGUGUGUCACGGCUGCGGCUUCGUCUCCACCACGAGGGACAUCCUCUACAGCCAUCUGGUCACCAGCCACAUGGUUUGCCAGCCUGGAUCUCGCAGUGAGGUGUACUCUCCGGGGCCAGGUCUCCCUAAGCUACCCCUGUCCAUUGGUCUGAGUCCAGGAGACUCUGGUGUUGUGCUGAAGUGUCAAGUUUGUGGCCACAACGCUGACUCACCUGCUCAGCUCCAGCAACAUGUACGAACUCACCUGGAAGUCAGGGUCCCAGCUGAAAGAAGCCCUACUCCUCGUCAGAGUACCCCAUCGUCGGUCGACCACUCCCAACCGUCUCCCCAGGAGAAGGAACCCCUGGCUUCAUCCAGUCCAGGCACAAAUGGAGGCUCAGCCACUCCUCGAGACUGCAGUCCUGCUGAUGACCAGAUCAUGGAGUUAAAGAUCAAAGAGGAGCCUCAUUCAGAUUCAGACACAGAAGAGCAGAAAAUGGAGAUUAAGGAGGAUGGAGAGGAGGAGGAGAUGGGUGGAGAGGAGGUAGAUCAAGAGGCAGGAAGGAACAUAAAAGAGGCGCAAACGACCUCCUCCAGCCAAACAUCGAACUCGCCGAAGAGUCCAGCUACAACAACAGUGAAGGCAGAACCCACUAGUCCCACCCCUGGUUCUAGCCCCGCCCAUAUGGGAGGUGCAGGCUCAGUUGUUCCAGGAGGAGCGCUGUUCCUGCCUCAGUACAUGUUUAACCCCGAGGCAGCCAUCUUGCCUCAGGCCUCGGAGAUCCUGGCUAAAAUGUCAGAGAUGGUCCACAGUCGCCUAAAGCAGGGCCAGACGGUCGCCCAGAACAACGCCGCAGCCUUCUUUCCUUCUGGACCGACUGCACCCACGGCAACAGCCACUCCACCUCACAAAGGAGCUACCUGCUUCGAGUGCGAUAUCACCUUCAAUAACAUAAACAAUUUCUAUGCACACAAGAGGCUUUAUUGCUCAAGCAGGCAUCAAGGCGAAGGUGCAUCCUCAGCCUCGGGCCCCGCAUUGACUAGAGACGCAGCCUCGGCCGCCACGCCUUCUGCUGGGACAUGCGGCUCAUCUGCAUCUCCUCAGGGCGGAGCAUCAAGUAGGGCUGCCUCUGCCUCGCCGUCUGACUCCGAGCCUCCUGCAGGAAGUGGAGCAGCAGAAUCCAGGAGGGUGCUGGAGGUGAAGACUGAACCUCCAGCGGGGAGAGAGGGAAUCUCGUCCUCCUCUGAAGGGGAAGGUGCUGGUACGAGUGUGGGAGGAGGAGGAGGCGGAGGAGGACGAGCAAGUGAAGGCAGCCAGAGUCCUGCUAGCGGUUCCACAGAGGACCUUGAGGACGAUCCCAACAGAACCUUCUGCGAAGCCUGCAACAUCCGUUUCAGCCGUCACGACAACUACACUGUCCACAAACGUUUCUACUGUGCGUCGCGCCACGACCCGUCCAACCAGAGAGCCGUACACAUGGCCAAGACGACCAACACAGCCGCCUUCAUUCCGCAGCCCAUCCGAACACGCAAAAGAAAGAAGAUGUAUGAGAUUCACAUGGCAAGAACCGAGGCGUUAGCUAACGCUGCCGCUGCAGCAGCAGCGGCAGCCACUGCCGCCGCCUCUGCUCCAUCCCCCUCGGUUCUGGGCUUGGUAGUAAAGCAGGAAGUCUCUCCCAGUGGUGCAGGUGGCUCAAGCCCCGAAGGAGAUGGCCCAAUCGACCUGAGCAAGAGGCCCCGUCUCAGAGAGGCUCCACGGCACAGCGGCAGCGGUGGCGGCGGCGGCAGCAGCAUUCUCCCAGCUCUGCCUCUCACCGACUACCACAAGUGCACAGCCUGCAGCAUCAGUUUCAACAGUAUUGAGAACUACCUGGCUCAUAAAACAUACUACUGCCCUGCCACCACCCUCCAACCCCACACUUUGGAGCAGCUUCACAGGCUCAAGAGAUCAGCCUCCACCUCUCCAAAAAGCAGGCCUCAGCAGGAGCGUUCGGAUCUCCUGCACCCUGUGGAGAAUAAAGCUCACCCAGCUGAGUGGGUGGCCCAGGCUCAGGGCACGUCAUCCAGUCCUCACACCUCUGCCUUACCCGCCUCGGACGCUGCAUCUCCUUCACAUACAAAUACCACACUUGCAGCCUCUCCAGGAGCUGGAGCCAAAAGCGUGGUCACGGCUUCUGCUCAGAUGGUCUGCCCAUACUGUCCCAACAGGCCCAUCGCUGGUGACUUGAUGGAACAUUUCAAGACUACCCACGGGCUGGUCGUAACCAUUCAGCCACCCCAGGAGACUCUGCCCCAUCUGGGCAGAACAGCGAGCCGCAGCCCGAGCCUGAGUCCCAGGGACGGAGCCGCUGCAGCGACUUCAGCCACUCCAACCAACCAGGCCAGACUUGUCUCUCGAGUUCACAGAGACAGCAUCAACGGGCAGGGUAGGAGUGGUACAGCUUCCCCCGUUUCGCCCCUGGUGAACGGCAGCCCCUCCGCCGGGGGCGGAUCACCGUUAGCCAGUUCUCCUCUGCCUGUGUCUCCCCCACGGGCUCCGUCUCUGACUUUGUCACCUGUGCCUGAGGUCCUGAGGGAGAAGCUGGGAUCGUCACACGUUCCGGACAAGGCCGCCCAGACCGUGGCCUCCCACGCGAUCCCUGUACCCAGCGUCAGUCCUAAAACCACCCCGGUCAUCUCCCCUGUGCAGAACGGUAACUCGCGCUUCUGUCGGCUGUGCAACAUCAAGUUCAGCAGCCUCUCCACGUUCAUAGCUCACAAGAAAUACUACUGCUCUUCCCACAGUGCCGAACACGUUAAGUGAGCUAAGACACUUUUGAUCUUUCCCUUCCCUUUCAUCUUUCUGAGCGGAAGUUUUCCUUCACUAAGUUUUAAAUGGCUCAGAGGGUCCUCCUCCUCCCCCGCCAGUGUCCCACAUAGGUGCCAAAACGGUGCUCGGCUGGCAUCACCACGAAUGACAGUGAAUGACUGUUACUCACCUGGCAAGGCCUGAUGCCUGGCUCCUCCAGAGCAGAAUUCCCAGGUGGUGUUACUCACAUACAGAAACUGAUAUUCCUCCUAUGGGUCAAAGUGUGUAGUACACUAAGAGCUGAGACACAUGCUACCUGC